AAGCAGCCAUUUCUAAGUUGUUUUAAAUAAUUAUAAAACUGUAAAAAAUGGGGAAAAAGAAUCGAGCAAAGCAAUCUGGAAAGCCUGGUGGGGCAAUGUUAAGGCAUAAAAAAGAACUGGUAAAGAUGGCUGCUGAUUUGUUCAAGUUAUGUGUUAUGUCACCUUCUACACAAGAUGAAUGGGAAUACUACUUGAAAGUUCACACAGCUGUCGAGAAUUUCAGUCAGAAGCAAAAAAAUGUGAGUGAUCCACCAGUUGUGCAACCAAUUGAUCGAACAACUGCCAUUCCUAAGUUUAAAUCAUGGCUUAAGGAGCAUGGGGUGGAAUAUUCUGCUAUUGAUAUUCAGGAGGUGUCGGAAGAAGAAGGUUUUGGUGUAAUUGCACUUCAAGAUAUUGAGAUAAAAUGUCCGCUUGUGACGAUACCAAGAAAAGCAAUGAUGACGUAUGAGGAUGCCAAAUCAUCAUAUCUUGCUGGUUUGAUUGAAGGAAAUGAGGUGUUGUCGGUCAUGCCUAAUGUAUGUCUUGCACUUUAUCUUCACUGUGAGAGGUUUACACUAAAUUCCAAGUAUCAACCAUAUAUUGACAUGAUACCUCAGGAGUUCAACACAAUCCUAUAUUUUAAACCUCACGAGAUGAAAUAUCUGAAAGGAACAGCUGCUUUAUCUGUGGCAAUAAACCAGUUCAAAUCAAUUGUUCGUCAAUUUGCAUUGCUGUACCAAGUCUUUAAUGGUUCGCACCAGAAAGAAGAUGUGGAAAAGUUACCCCUGCAAGCGAGAAAUGCUUUUACUUUUGACACGUAUCGCUGGUGUGCCUCCGCUGUUACUACAAGACAGAAUAAAAUACCAACACAUGUUGGUGAUGUACUCGGAGAUUUGGAUGAAAAUUCAACAUUGGCUUUGAUUCCAAUGUGGGACAUGUUCAACCAUGCAAUAGGACCUUUAAGCACGGCAUACAAUGCACUUACAAGAGGAAUAGAAUGCCUGGCAAUGCAGGAUUUUAAAACAGGAGAGCAAGUUAAGAUAUGUUAUGGGGCAAGAACUAACUCAGACUUAUUGAUUCAUAAUGGUUUUGUUAUGAAAGAAAGUCCAUUUGACAAGGUUCGAAUUCACUUAGGUGUAAGUCAAAAAGAUCCUCUAUAUUCACUGAAAGCCAAACUGCUUGAAAAACUUAAUGUUGAAGUCAGCGGUCAGUUCGCUGUCUGUUCGAUGGACAACAGUCUUCCCACUUCACCACAAUUGCUUGUGUUUUUAAGGGUGUUUCAUAUGAAUGAAGAGGAGCUUAGGAGUUGGUUGGAGAAACAGAAAAAUGAGUUAUCAUCGCUAAGGGAAAUCUACAUCAGUGGAGAAGUGAAGUUCAAAAGUGACGUGAAAGUUUGGGAAUUCCUCGAAAACAGAGUCAAACUUUUACUGAUGGGUUUCAAAAAGAUUGGAGAUAAUAUUGAAGAAAUGAUGGAGGAUAAAUCACUCACCCAUCGGAGCAAACUUGCUCUUCAGUUCCGCAUUGAAGAACACAGGAUCUUAUCUGCGUGCGUCAACUUUUGCCGGCAGAUUCGAAAUGCUUUAGAGAAUCGCAGCAGUGGGGAACUUAUGGAGGACUCGGUCGUUAUGUACACAAACAAAAACCCAUCACAACUAGAGGAAGAAAAAGAUUCAACAACGUUAGAGAGCGAGGGGCAAGACGGUGCGAAGGGCUUGAACGUAGAUAUCAAUAAAAUUGACAUUAACGCAAAUAAUUCGGUAGAAGAAAUUUCACACGAUCCCGAUACAUGGGUGUAUGACUGAUGUGUAGUGUAUUCCGAUCUUGUUUAGCAUCGCAUGGUCUGUUACCGGCCGCUUAUGAAGUGAAUGAAUAUGCCAUAAAUUGUUAAUUUACAAGGAGAUAGUGUUUGAUCGUGUACGUCACAUUGCCGUAUUCUGUAUCGUGUUUUUAGUAAUUUAAAUGCAGUUCUUUAUUUUAAAGAUAAAAAUAAAUUACAUCGAGGAUAAACAACAACUGUGUUUCGUUUAUUAUUGACGAGUAUUUUGUUGAUAAAAAUAAUAAAAUCGUUUUAU